AGGGGGCGAGAUCUCGAGUGCCGGUGUAGGCAUCGUUCCCGAGUCUUGGUGCUGUCCAGACUCUGUUCGCAGGACUUCAGAGCCGCUCGAGCUGUCGCGGACUCCACAUUCCACCGGCAAAAGCUCUUCCGUGCGUGCCUGUUGGGAAGCAUCUCUUUGCUCGGCUGGUGGCCCGAGGCGAACCCUCCAUACCACACGUCAUACACACACUAGUCCCACCACCCACUCACACAACAUUGCCACGUACACGCACACAUUAACACCGUUCGAGUCACCGUAACCACCAGCAAACAUGUCUGACGACGAGGAACAAUACUCCAGCGAGGAGGAGGUGGUCGAGGAAACGGGUAGGGCGUCCCAAAAGGACUCUGGGGAGAAUAUCGAGUUUAUGAAGAGGCAGGAACAGAAGAGAAGCGACCUAGACGAACAGCUCAAGGAAUACAUUGCAGAAUGGCGAAAGCAGAGAGCCAAGGAGGAGGAGGAACUGAAGAGAUUGAAGGAGAAGCAAGCGAAGCGCAAGAUCACUCGCGCGGACGAGGAGAAGAGAUUGGCUCAGAAAAAGAAGGAGGAGGAAGAACGUCGCCAACGUGAAAUCGAGGAGAAGAAACAACGUGAUAUGGAAGAAAAGAGAAGGCGCCUUGAAGAAUCAGAAAAGAAACGUCAGGCUAUGAUGCAGGCGAUGAAAGAACAAAGCAAGAAAGGCCCUAACUUUACCAUCACCAGGAAAGACCUAGCGGUAAGUGGUAACCUUACGUCGGCGCAACUGGAGCGCAACAAGACGAAAGAACAGCUCGAGGAGGAGAAGAAAAUCUCGCUGAGCAUUCGCAUCAAACCUUUGGAAAUCGAGGGUUUCUCCAUUGAAAAGCUCCGUUCGAAGGCCAACGAACUCUGGGACACCAUUGUCAAGCUGGAAACGGAGAAAUACGAUCUUGAAGAGCGACAGAAACGCCAGGACUAUGACCUUAAAGAAUUAAAGGAACGUCAGAAGCAGCAGUUGAGGCACAAGGCCUUGAAGAAAGGUCUUGAUCCCGAAGCCCUUACCGGCAAGUACCCUCCCAAGAUCCAAGUCGCCUCCAAAUACGAGCGUCGCGUGGAUACCAGGUCUUACGACGACAAGAAGAAGCUCUUCGAGGGUGGCUAUGACACGCUUUUAGCGGAGUACAACGAGAAACUGUGGAAACAGAAAACAGAACAGUUCAUGAAGCGCACCAAAACGAAGUUACCGAAGUGGUUCGGCGAGAGGCCAGGCAAGAAACCAGGAGACCCCGAAUCUCCGGAAGGCGAAGAAGACGUGAAGGCUGCGGCUGAAGACGAAGAAUUAGAGGAGCCACAAUUCGACGAAGAAGAAGAGGAGGAGGAGGAGGAAGAGGAAGAGGAGGAGGGUGACGAGAAGAAGGAGGGAGAAGGUGAGGGUGAAGAAGAGGAGGAGGAAGAAGAGGAGGAAGAGGAGGAGGAGGAAGAGGAAGAAGAGGAGGAGGAAGAGGAAGAAUAAAUUAAACAAAAAAGUCUCCUCUGGAAAAUCGACACCUAACCGCAGAUUCAAAUCGUAUUUGAUCAUCAAAAACAAUCUUCGAAACAUCCUACGAACCAACGAAUAUAUAGUCGUGGCGGCAGUAGAGAUCAACAAUGGGAUACGCCAUUGUACCAGAAUCUCGUCGUUAUAGGCGGCUUUACGUUUCCAGUCUUACGCGACAACCAAAACGAUUGCGAGAGGGCGACGCAAGAAGGCGCACGUUUCCACGUUACUACAUGCCUCUACGCGAAACAACCUAACCUAUAACGGCGAGCAUUCCGGCGAGAUAAAAUACGCUGUUACUAUUUCUCAGCUGUUCUACCACUACUACAUCUACUAUUAUUACUCUACUACUUCUAUUGCUACUACAAUUAUUAUUAUUAUAUUGUACAAAAUACACGCACACACAUUAUUAAAAUAAAAUGAGAACGGUUUAUCGUAAUUAACGAGUUCCGCGAGGAAGCUUCCCUAUCCUAAGGAGAAGAACCUUGAUUUGAUACGUUACACGAACUUGUAAUCACGAAUUGUAAAUUAUAAGUGUUCCAAUGGGGAAGAAAACUGUUCCUUAUUAAGACUUCAAUCACGUGUUCUUUAUUCACACUCAAAAAACUAACACACCGAUUCGACGACUUUCUUUAGAUUCUUGCUGACAUAGAUUACGUCGAUAAAUAAAUUCGGAGAUCACGAGAGAGAAAAAAUAAAUUGGAAAAUGAUGAAUCUGCGACGGUUCAUGGAACGGGAGUAGUUUUCCUUGUAAAAACAAAAGUUCCUCCCGAAUCGUAGGGGUAAAAAAACUUUCGCCCAGCGCCCUUGCAUUCCACUAACUUAACCUUACCUCACGACGUCGUGACAGAAGAAUUCCGAUGAAACCGUAAUGGCUUAUUCAUGAAAAUCACCCUGGUGGCACUUUACUUUUUUCUCGAUCUAUUUUUAUCACCCUUACUUGACCUUUUCUUCGAGUAUUCUUCUGUUAUGAGUGCAACGUGCUUAUCGAAUAUAAUUAACGACACCUAUGCACCGUCGAUGAAUCACAUCGCUUUUGUUACCGACACCCACAACACGUUGUAUUCCUAAUUAAAAACAUACGAACCCGCGACUUCGCUGAAAGCAAUAUGUAUACGAAAAUACAUCGAUCGAUUUAUGAUGCGUUCGUAAAUACUCGACAGUCGUCAUGACGUUUCGGAUUCGCGCCAAAACUUAUAAACAGGUACGGGA